AUGGCCACCGCUAAGCCUAUCGAGAGCAAAGCCGACUUCGAGGCCGCCAUAGCCGAGCCCACUAAGUUCGUCAUCAUUUACGUCUACGAAGAACACGUUCCCGAAGGCAUGCGCGAGCGCUUCCAAGCUGAAGCGCCCGCUUUCGCGGAUAAGGUUGAGCACUAUAAACUCGACAUCGCGCAGAAUGCCGCCGAGGCGAAGGAGAAGAUGAAUCUCGAGAAGGUGCCGGCGCUGUUGGUAUAUAAGGCAGGCGAGGAGGUGGAGCGGCUGUACGAAUUGGGUGAGGAGAGCAUGAAGGCAUUAGCGGGGAAGUUAUUGGGUUAG